CUCGGGCGGGCGUCGGUCCGGGGGGCCGCGGGGCUCCCCCCGCCCCAGGGACGCCCCCUCCCGGGGCCGGCCCGGGGCCCGGGGCGGGGGGAGGGGGCCGGCCACCAUGGGCCCCAAGCGGAGGCAGCUGACGUUCCGGGAGAAGUCGUACAUCAUCCAGGAGGUGGAGAAGAACCCGGACCUCCGCAAGGGCGAGAUCGCCCGGCGCUUCAACAUCCCGCCGUCCACGCUGAGCACCAUCCUGAAGAACAAGCGCUCCAUCCUGGCGUCCGAGCGCAAGUUCGGCGUGGCCUCCACCUGCCGCAAGACCAACAAGCUGUCCCCCUACGACAAGCUCGAGGGGCUCCUCAUCGCCUGGUUCCAGCAGAUCCGCGCCGCCGGUCUGCCCGUCAACGGCAUCAUCCUCAAGGAGAAGGCGCUGCGCAUCGCCGAGGAGCUGGGCAUGGAGGACUUCACGGCCUCCAACGGCUGGCUGGACCGCUUCCGCCGCCGGCACGGGGUCAUGACCAGGAACGGGGUGACCAAGAGCCGCUCCCAGCCCGCCGCCCCGGUCCAGCCGCCCGCUCCCCGGGCCCCGGCCUCGGCGCCGGCCGCAGAAGGCGGCGGGGGCGGCGGCGGCGGGGGCAGCAGGCGGUGGUGGGAAGAGCAGCUGCCCGCACUGGCCGAGGGCUACGCCUCCCAGGACGUCUUCAAUGCCACCGAGACCUGUCUGUGGUACAACUUCCUACCUGACCAGGCCCCUGCCCUCGGGGGCGAGGCCCGGCCCAGCCCGCGGCGGGGCACCGAGAGGCUCAUCGUGCUCCUGUGUGCCAACGCGGAUGGCAGCGAGAAGCUGCCCCCGCUGGUGGUGGGCAAGCUGGCCAGGCCGCAGGGAUCCCGGGCCAGCCUGCCCUGUGACUAUACUGCCAACCCCAAGGGUGGCGUCACUGCCCAGGAACUAGCCAAGUACUUAAAGGCCCUGGACGCCCGCAUGGCGGACGAGUCCCGCAGGAUCCUGCUGUUGGCCAGUCGGCCGGCCGCCCCGGCCUUAGACAUCUCCGACCUGCGGCACGUUCAGGUGGCCUUCUUCCCGUCCGACACCCUCCAGCCUUUGGAACGGGGUGUCGUCCAGCAGGUCAAGGGUCACUACCGACAGGCGCUGCUGCUCAAAGCCAUGGCCGCCCUGGAGGACCAUGACCGCUCCAGGCUGCAGCUGGGGCUCACCGAAGCUUUGCACUUUGUGGCUGCCGCCUGGGAAGCCGUGGAGCCCUCGGACAUUGCUGCCUGCUUCCGGGAGGCUGGGUUUGGGGGUGGCCCCGGGCCGGACCUUGAUGUGGCUGUCAAGAGCGACGAGGAGGAAGAGGAGGAAGAAGAGGAGGAGGAUGACAAUGAGGAAGAGGAGGAGGAUGAAGAGGAGCAAGGGGAGGAGGAGGGAGAGGAGGAGGGAGAGGAGGGAGAGGAAGGAGAGGAAGAGGAGGAAGAGGAGAGCUCUUCAGAGGGGCUGGAGGCAGAUGACUGGUCCCAAGGUGGUGGGGGGGCAGGUGGGAGUUUUGUGGCCUAUGGAGGCCAGUAUGAGCAGGGGGGGCCUGCUGUUCAGCUCCUCGAAGCUGGGGAGGACUCGGAGUCGGAGAGCGAUGACGAAGAUGAGGACGAUGAAGAUGAAGAUGAGGACGACGAGGACGACGAUGAUGACGACGACGACGAUGACGAGGUGCCCGUGCCCAGUUUUGGUGAGGCCAUGGCCUACUUUGCCAUGGUCAAGCGGUACCUGACCUCCUUCCCCAUUGAUGAUCGUGUCCAGAGCCACAUUCUCCACUUGGAGCAUGAUUUGGUCCAUGUGACCAGAAAGAACCACGCCAGACAGACAUCUUCCCGAGCCCUGGCACACCAGAACUUAGCCUGACAAGCUGUCUUUUUUUUUGGGGGGGGGUCCCUGGACGCUGGUGCAUCCCGGUCCUGACAUGUAUGGGAUUUCCAGGGGGCUCUUUCAGGGACCAAGUGGUGAUGGUGGUGGGGAAUGGUUUCCAACAUUGGGGGUUCCACUCCCUUAGGUAAUGUCCUACACCCCUGCACCCCUUGGGAACUGGGCUAGGCCCUGUGUCUACUUGGGAGCUGGGCCUGGGAGCUGGGCUGGAGUUAGCCUAGCCUUCUUCCUCUUGCCUUUCCCUUACCCCUCCUCCCUCUCCACCUUUUCUCCCCCUCCUUCCCCAGCUGCCCCCAGGGCUAGGAUACCUGCUGUGACUGGCAGGGCUAUGUAUAGGGUGGGGAGGGUCCCUUAUGAGCAGGCCCCACCCCAAAGUGCCCCACAGACACUGACCAGCCGGGUCCCAUCAGCAGGGGCAGCUGGUGGAGUGGGCUGGGGAUCAGAGUGAAGACAUUUUGCUUGGUGGGUAGGAGGGUGCCCAGAGAGUGCCAGCCUGCAGGUUCCCCCCCCCCAACCCUGCCCCCUUGGGCUCUCACCUUUCACACUCUGCAUGGAGAUUCAGCACUAGGGAAGGGGGCCCUUCCUCGGGAAGAGGGCUCAGAGGGGCCUGGAGAGGCGGCCCCUGAGAAAGCACUUAGAGACAGCAUGGCGGCAGGCCCCGAGCUGCAAACCUUCAAGCCUGCCUGCCAGGGAAUCUUUUUUUUAAGUGCCCAUAGCGUUCCCUCGGCCCCAAAGGGAAGCUUUUGAGAGAAGCACAGUUUCCUCCACCUCUGAGGAGUUGGUUUCCAAACUGCUCCUCCUUAACCUCUGAGAGAUUUUUUUCAAAUCAAGGGCUCAUUUCUUCCUGCCCCUGGGCUCCCGCUGCUGCAGGGGAGACUGGACGAGUUCCAAGCAUUUCUCUUUCCUUGAGGUGUGAGGGCAGGGCGGGGUAGGGGGCCCUGUUUCUCUCUUGGGCAUAAUCAGGAUCCCAAAGCUGCCACAUCUUGCCUAGUCCCCCAUGCUCCCCCACCCUUCUCCCUCUGUAUGGUACCUUCCCUAAGCUGUUGCAAGCUGACAGGGGGAUGGGGAGGUGUCAUUACCUGCAGGGAGGGUGGUGGUGGGUCCUGGUUGGGUCGAACUACUCUCCAGCUAUUUCUUUUCCUAGUCUGAAUUCAAUAAACCCUUCCGAUCCCCUUUUGCUGGGGGUCGGGUGUUUUGACAGCUGA